CCCACACACACACACACACUCAUUUAUUCCCCUCUAUGGCUUCUCUCGAUCCAAACCCUAACCCGAAGUAGAAAUCCUAUCCAGCGAGCGCGAGGAGCGGGGCGAGGGGCAGCGACUCCGGCCCUCCCAUGGAGGAGCGGUUCCCGUCCUCGCGGGAGAACCCGAGGGCCGCGGGGCCGACGUCGCAGCGGCCUGUGGCGCCCUCGAUCACGGAGCGGUUCGGCGCCAUGCUCCGGGAUCGGGAGGAGAAACUCAGGGAGGCCACCGGCGAGGAGCCGGUCCUCAUCGCCGAUGACAUAGUCCGGUGCUACGAGGACGUCCUCUCCGAGCUCACCUUCAACUCGAAGCCCGUCAUCACGGAUCUCACCAUCAUCGCCGGCCAGCAUAUCCGGUACGCGGAGGAGGUCGCGGACGCCAUUUGCACGCGGAUCCUUGAGGUAGCUGUGGAUCAAAAAUUGCCUUCUCUAUACCUUAUUGAUAGUAUUGUGAAGAACAUAGGACAUCAUUAUGUGAGAAUUUUCGCUGCUCGGCUUCCUAAGGUUUUUUGUGAAGCAUACAAUCAAGUCCAUCCUACCCAGUAUUCUUCUAUGCGUCACCUCUUUGGGACCUGGUCACAAGUCUUCCCCAGUAAAAUACUUAAAAAGAUUGAGGAUGAACUUCGAUUUUCUCCAUCUGAGAGUAAGAGAUCAUCAGGGAUCACAAGUACCAGGCAAUCAAAACCUCCAUCUCCUCAUCACUCUCGUGGUAUUCAUGUAAAUCCAAAGUACUUGGAAGCACGACAUCAAUUUGAACAAUCUGCUGUGGACCUUGGGACAUCGGGGGCAGGUCCACCUCAAACUGCAAUGGUGCAUGCGUCCUCAGUGAUUGGAGCAGGAGGGUCAAUGCCUCAUUUGAAGAACAAGAUAUCACUGUCAUCAUCUCCUCCAAGAAUCGGUGUGAGAAGGCAUGUUUCACCACCUAAUAUGAGAUUUUAUAAUGGUAUUUCUGCUAGGAAGAUUGGUGGAAUGGCUUCUCCAUCUCAUUCUGGAUUUGUGUAUGGACCUGGCAGAGUUAGUGAUCCUAAUAGUCAGGCUGACAGGAGCAAGCCAUCCAAUGAAGAUCCUUAUCAUGUAGAAGUGUCCAUGCCGCACAACCAUAAAUAUGGAUAUGGCAAACAGCACCCAAGAGACUUGAUUGAUGCAUAUGGAAAUCCUAGAGGAAGAGUUUCUUCCUAUGAGAAGUUUCCAAAGGUUCAACGUCUUGAUGUGAAUGGCAUAGCCAGUGAAGCAGCCACCAGAAAAUGGAAGAACUCCGAUGAAGAGGAGUAUGUCUGGGAGAGUAUGAGUCCAACUUUAGCUGAUCAGAGCAGAAGGAAUAGCCUGCCACCAUUUGGACCUAGUUCUGGAAGCUUUAGCAACCGAACUGGUAUAUCCAUAUCUAAUCCUGCAAUGCUGGAAACAGAUUUUCAAAGGCACAGUUGGCCUGUCCAAACCCAGUCUCAUCCUGGAUCAAUGAUGAUGUAUCUGGAUGGUACAACAAGUCAGACUGGGUCCCCCCCUCACCAUCAGAAGUCGAACCGUACUCGAGAUUCUGGAAAGUUUAGUUGUAUGUUCCCACAGUCUUCGCGGCAGAGCCUUAGCCCAAGAUCACGUAGCACGGCUCUUGCAUUAGGGGGAGUGGCACCUUCUAUUGGUCAGAAACUCCCUGUAGCACAUGAUAGCUUGCCUGACAUAGAACUACCACUCCGGAGCUUAUCAAAUGCUCAUGAUGAUCCUUUGAAAAUAAACACAGCCGUGAUAGAUAGGCAAUCAACACUAAGACCAUAUUCACCUCCUCAAGAUAUGUUGCCUUCUGCUCAUAAAUCUCAGUCACUGUCUUUUCUCUCCAUACCUCCAAAUCAAAAGCUGGUCAAUGGUCAACUUGAUAUUUCUGAACCUAAUAAGUUGCUAAUGAACCAAGGAGCCGACCCACGUAUAUUUGUGCCUGAGAAGCAAUAUGAUAUUGUUGAUAAGUAUAGUUCAGAGUCAGUUAAAUUUCUCCAUUUUCCCUACCAACCUCCUAGUAACACGCAUCUGAAUCAGCAAAGUCAGGUACAAGGAAUUUCUAUGCCAAUGCAGACUCCAGAGACUUAUGGGAGUAUUCUCCCACCUGCAACAGCCCUGGUUUCAUCUUAUUUAAUUGGCCAGCCUGUAAAUCACUUGCAAACAUUAGGAACUGGGGUUUCUGUGGUUUCUGUUUUGCCAUGUUCUUCAUUUGCCACACCUUCUGUUGCAGUGCACAGAACAAUUGAUACAUCAUUACAUUUACAUGGUAGCCUUUUGCCACCUUUGCCUCCUGGACCACGUCCUGCCUCAUCACAAAUGGGACCUAUCCCUCAAACUAUGAGUUCCUCAAUAUCUAGCUCUCCUGCAAGUGCUUAUUCAGGCCUUAUUGGUAGUCUCAUGGAACAAGGGUUGAUAUCAUUGAAGCCAUCUGUCCAAAGCCAGGAAACUUUGGGAAUUGAAUUUGAUAUUGAACUUCUUAAAGUGAGGCAUGAGUCUGCAAUUAAUGCUUUGUAUGAUGACCUUCCAAGGAAAUGUGCAACUUGUGGCCUACGUUUCAAGGGCCAAGAAGAGCACAGUAGUCACAUGGAUUGGCAUGUAACGAAAAACCGGAUAUCAAAGAACCGUAAACAAAAGCCCUCUCGCAAAUGGUACGUGAGUGCAAAGGAAUGGCUAAGUGGUGCAGAAAUACUAGGAAACGAUGUUGUUCCUGGGUUUUUGCCCACUGAAUCAGUUUCAGAAAAAAAGGAAGACAUAGAGGUGGCAGUUCCUGCAGACGAAAAUCAAAAUGUUUGUGCAUUAUGUGGGGAGCUUUUUGAGGAUUUUUACAGUGAUGAGACAGAGGAAUGGAUGUAUAAGGGGGCAGUUUAUUUGAAUGCUCCAGAUGGAUAUAUUGAAGGUUUAGAUAGGUCUCAGCUAGGUCCUAUUGUCCAUGCCAAGUGCAGGUCUGAGUCUAAUGAAUGUUCUGUACAAGCAUGACGGGAAACUGACCCCAGAUGUCAUCGGCUCACGAAAUUGCAGCAUUAGGUUAUGUAACCUGUAAAUAACUUGGAAGAAUUGGGGGCCACAUGGUAUGCAAAGCUUCAUCUCUUUCCCAUAAUGGUCAAGCCAGCCUACCAUGGCAUAAUAUUCAUUACGGUACAUGUAAAUUUAGAUCUGUGUACCUACUGUACCAAAGUCUAUAUGUUUAAUCCAUCUCUUCUUUUACUCUCUUGUGCUUUUACAUUAUAUUAUGAAAAGCUUCAUUUGAUGCUAUGUCUAAAAUUUUAGUGGUGUGGUGAUGUGGUCUAGAGAGUAACAUUUCUCUUCUCAUGAUUUGACUUUCUGUGUCAUUAUUUUCUUCUAUUCCCCGUUUCUUUCUUUUUUUUCCUCUUGUACAGUGUUUUGCAGGGAGAGUAAAAUAUUUUGAGUGUAGCAAUUUACCCUUCACCGGUUGGUGGAUGAGGAUACAUAAGCAUGGACAAUGCCUCUGGAACUGUAGCAGCAGCGGCUAUGGAACUAUCCUUUCCUUCUUUUUUAAACAAAAAAGCCUGAAUCUGACAACCUGAAUUUGAAGUGUCAUGAUUUGCGGCUAAAGAUAUUGAAUGUAUUUAUAAAUCUCCACAUCCCUGUCAAAUCUUUGCAUCUUAAAUGCCUUGUCAAGUCUGUCUUUGGUGACAAAUGCUUUGUUGUAAUGGGAAGAUCAUUGUUCUGCAUGAAUCAGACAGAUUCUUUCUGUUACUAUGUCAAAGUACGUGAUGUAUUAGUUUUUAUUCCACUAAAGGUUGUGGAGCUUCCUUGUUCA